ACGCUCCUUCGCACACGGCCUAGGUUCGCAUCCCAGGGUCCCGACGCCGGUACCUGGCUGGUUCACGUGCCCCCACCUUAGCCCGGCAGUGUCUACCCGGCCCAGGGGGACGUGCCCUGGCUAGGCUGCGGGAGAGCGCCCGCCCUCGCAGGGGGAGCUUGGGGGCGGCGUGGGAGGAGCCCACCCGAGUUCCGCCUCAGCAGUUAUGGCCGCGUAAAGUCUCCUCAGCGCUACUGCUCGGACAUGGGCCUGUCCCGGGCCGGCAGCCUGAGGCAGCGAGUCUCCUCAGCGAUAUUGUGGAGCACACAGCAAGCAGCAAUCACAAUGGGAAUAUUGGUUUCGCUGAGGUCUAACCAAGAUAAUGCACGAGGUGUUUACCAUGCUCAUAACUGCCACAGUGAUCUGAGCGGGCUCCAUGGUAUGGCGUCUGCAGGAGAGCAGAGUUGCAGAGGAAGCAGUGGCUGACGACUGAUGCCCUGAGGAUAGAUAUUAUAGAGAACGACGAGAGGACCUGCGAGGUGGAUUCAUGAGAGCAGAGUUGCAGUGGAAGCGGUGGAGGACAACGGUUAGCACCGCGCACAUUUCCUGAGGAAGAACACGCGUACCUGGGAGCCCAUGACAGACAACAUGGAGAAAUUCGCUAUUGAGACCAUAGCAGCAGAGCAGAGUUGCAGCGGAAGCGGUGGAUGAUGACAGUUAGCAGUCCUACUGCACUGUCUGCUGAAAGCAGUAUGGCGUCCACACAGGAAAAAAGGCGCAAAAUGAUUGUCUGCCGUUACUUUCACGGAAGGAGGGGCGACUGAUGACAUGUCCCUAAAACCACCCAUGACAAUGUUUUUGGCCUAUCAGGCAUUGGGGAGCUUAACCCAGAAUUCCAAUGGGCCGCGGAGUCUGCGGGAACUGUGGGAUAGCUACCUACAGUGCACCGCUCCGUAAGUCGAUGCUAGCCACAGUAGUGAGGACGCAGUCCGCCGACUUAAUGCGCUUAUUGUGGACAUACUAUUUCUAAAAUCAAUUUCUAAAAAUCAACUUCUAUAAUAUCGACCUAAUUUUGUAGUGUAGACAUACCCUUAGAAAAAUCUUGAAAAAAGAUAAAGGGAGUGAAGAAACAUUUCUGAUAGGAAAAGAAAACUAAAUCUAGCACUGUGUGUACAUGGCAUGAUCUUGAGGCUCAUAACCAUAGCAGAAGAAUAGUAAAAUCUGGGAAGACAUUCGCUUCACUACUGAGAAAUUGUACAUAUGAAUAAGUGGCUAGACUGCUACUUACCUUAUUUUCUCAUUUUAAAAAAAAAAUCUUUAGAGUAAUUUUGGACCAAAUAGAACUAUUUUUGGGAGAUAUUAGCAUCUUUCCCAUUUUACAAAAUAAUUGUCUGUUUUCCAUAUUGUUGUUUUUCUAGACUAGGGUCGUUUUCAUACCAGUGUCAGAAUACACACUUAAAGUUAUAAUACUCAGUUACCUGCUACUGCUAAGCGUUUCAGAGAACAAGUUAUGGAGUACUUGUGGCACCUUAGAGACUAACCAGUUUAUUUGAGCAUAAGCUUUCGUGAGCUACAGCUCACUUCAUUGGAUGCAAAGUUAUGUAACACAUUGAACCUUGAAGAUAUAUUUAGAAAGGACUUAAAGCUUCAGGGAAAUGAAGUCUUUAUUUACAGCCCUUAGAAAAAGACAGAAGCCAGCAAAGCCUGUCCUCUGAAGAUGGAUUGAACAAGUAAUGUGAAAAUCUUAUUAAAAAGAGAAUGAAAUCUUCUCACGUAACUGCAGCAUUACCCAAAAUUUGCUUCACCCUAUGCAGAAAAGGCUGUUACCUUGCAAGAAGUACUUUUGUGUGUGUGUGUGGUAUCCAAACUUAUCACAUCCUUUCAAAGCAGUAUUUUAAAAGUAUUGAAUAUCUCUGCAUCUUUGCAUAUGCCUUUUAGGGGAAGGUUCUUAAUUCUGUAUUUCACUUAAACUGUACAUUUGAUGGAUUCUUAAAUUUUGAUGUCUUCAAAUCAAAACUGGAUGUCUUUGUGGAAGUUAUGCUUUAGCCAAUACAAAUUAUACUUAGUCAAACACAAAUUGUUCAGAACCAGGAAAAACAUCAAUAUUUAGAGACAUUUAAAGAGCCAUACUAUCCUUGAAGGGAUAUAAGUAACCAUACAUUAACAUGCCUGCUGGGGCUUCUGUACCUAAGGAACUGUACCUCUGUACUUCACUGAAAGAUCUUAACAAGAAGACAGAAAUAAAAGCAGAGAAGACCAGUACAAAAAAUUAUGUGCAGAGUGCCCUUAAGAUCUUCAAGGCAGCGGAGGAAUGCAGAUUGGACAGAGAUGAAGAAAAGGCCUACGUCCUAUAUAUGAAAUAUGUGACUGUAUAUAAUCUUAUUAAAAAAAGGCCUGAUUUCAAGCAACAACAGGAUUACUUUCAUUCUAUACUGGGACCUACAAACAUAAAAAAAGCUAUUGAAGAAGCUGAAAGACUCUCAGACAGUCUGAAACUGAGAUAUGAGGAAGCUGAAGUUCGGAAAAAGCUUGAAGAAAAAGAGAGACAAGAAGAGCAACAGAAAAAGCAAGAAGUAAAAGAUGAUGGAAAGGCUUUAGCCAAAAACGCUUCAGAAAAUGCCAUAGAUUCCAAAGGACAAAACCAAAGGAUCAAUGGUGAGAAGAAGUGUUCAGUGGAAAGAAAAGAUCAAUUUGACAGAUUGAGUGCUUCUGUAUCUCAAGGAGCAAUCACUGCUGAGAAACUGUUUCCAAUGAUGAUGGACAAAAACAUCGAAUUGCUCAUAAUGGAUGCUCGAAGCUUGCAAGAUUAUCAGGAAUCUUGUAUUCCAAAUUCCAUCAGUGUUCCAGAAGAGGCUAUCAGUCCUGGAGUCACUGCUAAUUGGAUUGAAGCUAAACUCCCAGAUAGUUCUAAAGAUCCGUGGAAGAAGAGGGGACAUGUUGAUUAUGUUGUAUUGCUUGACUGGUUUAGUUCUGCAAGAGACUUGCAGCUAGGAACAACUCUACAGAGCCUGAAAGAUGCACUUUUUAAGUGGGAAAGUAAGACUAUACUACGGAGUGAGCCUUUAGUCUUGGAAGGAGGUUAUGAGACCUGGCUUCUUUGCUAUCCCCAACACACAACAAAUGCCAAAGUAACUCUACCCCCACGUGGCAAGAGUGAAGUAGUGUCUGUCUCUUUGGAUUUUACUUAUCCCUCUCUGGAAGAGCCAGCUCCUCCUCCACAACCUGUUGUCCAUAUAAAGCCCACUCCAGUAGAAGUGACUGAGAAUGAUGAAAUGGAAAAUAAUCAAGAGGGGAGGACAGGAUCACAUAACACAACAAAUCCAAGUGCACCACUUGCUGCUAUCCCUCAAACUGACAGUUCACCUGUAGUGCACCCAGUAUAUGCUGUGAUAAAUGUCCCACAGAUUGAUCGUACUAAAAAGCCUUCAGCAAAAUUUCUUGAUGAUGUUAAUAGUCCAAAAUCUGAAGGUACAACUCUUGACAAACAUCCUAUUCAGAAUGGAAGAAUGAUUCCAGACCGUUCCACAAAGCCACCGUUUGAUGCAAAGGCCAUGCUGACAGAAGAAGAGAAAAGCCGUAUACACGCAGAAACGGCUUCCCUGUUGGAGAAGAGCAAACGGGAAAAAGAAUUGCGGGAAAGACAACAAGAGAAACAAAGAGAGAAGCUCAAAUUGGAGAAGCAGGAACAGGAAGAAAAGGAGAACCGAGAAAAGCUACAGCAAGCAAAAGAAGAGAGAGAGAGGAGACUGCAGGAAGAUCAGGCAAUUAGGGAACAAAAGGAAAAGGAAGAACAAGAGAGAGCACGCAAAGAAGUAUUAGAAGCAAAAAGACAAAAUAAAACUGAACACGAAAACACUGCUGCAAAAAACCCUGAGCUUGAUAAAGUAUCUGCGGACGAAAGAGAAAAGGGGAUUCAAACACCAGAAAUGCAGAGGCGUGCGUUAGGAGAUACAUCUGUGACAGGGGUGUCAGUCUCAAGCAAGCAUACUGGGGUUAAAGGACAACCAGAAAGUGGAGCUCAAAGAGAGGAUACUGAACAAGAUACUGAAAGACUUAAAUCCCAGCGAGAGCCAUUGAUGAGAGCACGAAGUGAGGAAAUGGGGAGGAUAGUACCAGGAUUGCCUGCAGGCUGGGCAAAGUUUCUGGAUCCAAUCACUGGGACCUUUCGUUAUUACCAUUCACCAACAAAUACUGUUCAGAUGUAUCCCCCGGAAAUGGCUCCUUCAUCCACCCCUCCAUCCACUCCACCAACUCAUAAAGGCAAGCCACAGGUGACUACUGAACGAGACAGAGAACACUCCAAAUUGAAGCGAUCCUACUCUUCGCCAGAUAUAACCCAAGCCAUUCAGGAGGAAGAGAAGAAAAAAAUUCCUGUAACUCCUACAAUCAGUCGUGAAAAUAAACCUUUAUGUUACACUAAAGCUGAAAUCUCAAGGCUCUCUGCACCACAGAUUCGUAAUCUCAACCCUGUGUUUGGGGGAUUGGGACCAGCUCUCACAGGGCUUCGUAAUUUAGGGAACACUUGCUAUAUGAACUCCAUAUUGCAGUGUCUGUGCAAUGCACCACUUCUGGCUGAUUAUUUCAAUAGAAAUUUGUAUCAAGAUGACAUUAACAGGUUAAACCUCUUGGGGCAUAAAGGCGAAGUGGCAGAAGAGUUUGGCAUCAUAAUGAAAGCAUUGUGGACAGGACAAUACCGAUAUGUCAGUCCAAAAGAUUUUAAAAUUACAAUUGGGAAGAUCAAUGACCAAUUUGCAGGAUACAGUCAGCAAGACUCCCAAGAAUUGCUCUUGUUUUUAAUGGAUGGACUGCAUGAAGACCUAAAUAAAGCUGACAAUAGGAAGAGGUAUAAGGAAGAAAAUAAUGAUCAUAUUGAUGACUUCAAAGCAGCAGAUCUAGCCUGGCACAAACACAAGCAGCUCAAUGAAUCUAUUGUUGUGGCACUUUUUCAAGGCCAGUUCAAAUCCACAGUGCAAUGUCUUACGUGUUACAAAAAGUCCCGAACAUUUGAGGCUUUCAUGUAUUUGUCAUUGCCACUUGCACCCACUAGUAAAUGUACACUACAGGAAUGUCUUAGAUUAUUCUCCAAAGAGGAGAAACUUACAGAUAACAACAGAUUUUACUGUAGCCAUUGCAAAACACGAAGGGAUUCUUUGAAAAAAUUAGAGAUUUGGAAAUUGCCACCAGUUCUUCUGGUGCACUUGAAACGAUUCUCGUAUGAUGGAAGGUGGAAGCAAAAGCUACAGACAUCUGUAGAUUUCCCUUUGGAAAGUCUUGACCUGUCACACUAUGUUAUUGGUCCAAAGAGUAAUUUGAAGAGAUACAAUCUAUUUUCAGUAUCGAAUCAUUAUGGAGGGUUGGAUGGAGGGCACUACACAGCGUACUGCAGAAAUGCUACAAAACAGCGCUGGUAUAAGUUUGAUGAUCAUGAAGUAUCUGAUAUCUCAGCAUCCUGUGUGAAGUCCUCAGCUGCAUAUAUUCUCUUUUACACUUCUUUUGAACUGCGUGCAGCAGAUGUAGCCACAUAAAGUGUUUGGAGUGAAGAAAAUUGGUUCUCUUUAUAAAUGUACAACACAGGUAUUGAACUGCAUAUUAAUAUGCAAAACAGGAACAAAUAUAUAGUCAGUUAGGGAAAGGUUGCAGCAGCUUUUCUGCAACAGGAUCUUUCUGGUUGUGCUAUUGUUUAAGACAGAAGACUGAUUGAUAAUGCUUUUGGUAAUAGCAACUUCUAUGAAACCAUAACAACAAGCAUACUUAAGUUGCAGCUUAUUUCAAAACUAUAUUUUUAGUCUGCUCCAAAAUGAAAUUCUAGCUUAAUUAGCAAGUAGGUUUAAAUGUCCUAAAAAAUCCCACAGCAUACCUUGAUUUGUCUUCUUUUCUAUCACUGUUAUGGCCUUUUCACAUUUCUAACCUUAAGCUUAAUUCUACUGUGAAUACUCUAGAAUGAUGGAAACAGUUAGGAAUGUAAGUGUACAUAUUGAUUGCAUACUUGCACAUCAGAGCUAUGUAUAUAAUAAAAUGUGGUCCUUUUGUGAAAAUCUCUAGAACUCAGAGGAUUGCUUUUAUUUGCCAGUUCUAAAUAACUGCAAUGCUUUAAUUCUUAUAGGUGUAGAAAAAGCAGAGCUGUAUUUUUCUGUUAGCCUUUGUGAAUAUUUCUGCAUUUAAAAUUCAUUUUAAAGAAAUGAGAUUUUCUUUAAUUUUUUAAUACAAGAUUUAAUGUACACAUGCUUUAAGAAUAUUAACAAAUGAUUUAAAAUACACUAUCCUGUUAAAUGUU